AUGACAGAAACAUCGGUACCUAAGACCCAAAUUUUGAUCACUGAUGUCCCACAUCAUGAAUUCGCAGACGGAUGGCCGCAGAAACUGCAAAAACAGCUUUUCGAACAGAAAUUCCCCGAAUUGAAAUCUCGUUGUCAGUACUAUACUCCGUUGGCCUUUUUGAAUCGUGUAGUGCUUAUUUUCGACGAAGAGCAGGCCACUCUACCGGUUUACCACUUUUUGGUGGAACAGUUGGAAUCUAAAAAACCGAUAAAGGUCUUCCUGACCGAAUCGUUGCUCACCAGACCUCGUUCCAGAUCUCACGAUACUAGUGCGACCGAUGAAGUGGAUUUCCAAACUUUCAAAAAACCACAGUUGUCUUUAGAAACUCAGAAUACCACCAGUGCCUCAUCUUCGCUUUCUCCUGAAAGAAUCGGCACACUUUCCCCCACGGCAAUGAAAUUCCCAGAAGACGGUAAAAUCCACUACUAUCAAGAACCCUUACCCAAACCUGAACACCAUGAGGAGGGAAAUAGUAAACAAAAGGAAACUAAGCUACUACACCAGUCUCGUCUUUCCCUCAAUACAAGCAAUACAGGCCAAAGCUCGGAAAGUGUGAUGUCCACACCUGCGAGUCCAUCCAUUACGCUUAACGAAUUUAAGACAUAG